CAUGCGCACAUCCUCGCAGCUUGCCACAUGUUCUUCAUGUGCUUGCUCUGUAAGUGUGUUUAAAUUUACGUGCCGUAUUUUUUAUUAACCGUUGUGGUGUAAAAAAAGUGUUUUACUAAUAAACCAGUUAUUUUGUACACAUCAUGGCAAUUCAAGACAUGGAUAUUUCUUUGAAUAUAACAACGGAGCCAGUUUUCUCAACCAGAAAUAAUAAAGUGAAGGAAACACAGUUUACGAAAACCUCAAUUAAAAGAUUGAAAAAUCAAUCUUUAGCCAAGAAAGAUAUAGUUGUGAUUAAUAAGGAAUCAAAAAAUGUAAAUGUGCAAACAGAUCCUAAGAAAAGAAUUAAACAGAAAUCAUUAUCAGCUAUCUUUGCCAAAAAAUUGAAAAAAGCCAACGCUGUUACUCCAAAUGCUCAGCCUCAGAUUUUAUCUAGAGUUAAAGAUGUAACAAUGAAAAAGGAAGAUGCAGUAUCAGAAAAGAUUAAACAAUCAAAUUUGACAGAUCAGAAGAAUUUGAAAUCUAACAAAGCAAAUGCUGAUAGUACAAAUGAACAGACAAUAUCCUUUGCGAAAGUAACAAAACAAAAUAUUGGUGAGACACUGUUAGCAAGAAAGAGAGAUACUCUGAUUGAACAGAAGAAAUCACUCUCUGAUAUAUUUGGAAGUCAAUUAAAGAAUGUGUCUAAAACACACGACAUUGAUAAAGAUAAUAAAUUAAAUAAUAAGUCUAAAAUAAUACCUGAGAAAUCUACCUUGGAAACAACAGAAACGAUAGAGAUCUCAAAUAAGAAAAAUGAAAAGAAACAUAAAAGAAAGAAUGUAAAUAAUUACAGGGAAUCAAACAAGAUUCCAAAACUAAUGCCUAAAACUGGUGGAAAAAUCUCUUCCUUAUUUGGCAAUAACCCCGAUGUACCAACCAUAGGGCAGAGAUCUGUAAAACCUGUAGACGAACCAGUUUUUACAGAGAUUACUUUUGCAGAUCUUGAUGUUCAUUCAUUUAUGAUCUCAAAUUUAGAACAAAAUAUGCAUAUAACAAAAAUGACAACGGUUCAGCAAAAAGCAAUUCCUGAGAUAUUUUCAGCUAGGGAUGUUUUAAUCAGAUCUCAGACAGGAUCUGGAAAAACGUUAGCAUAUGCUUUACCUAUUGUUGAACUGUUACACAAAAUUAGACCAAAAUUAAGUAGAAACAGUGGCUUAUCGGCUCUUGUAGUUGUACCGACAAGAGAAUUGGCUUUGCAAACAUAUGAAUGUUUUAUAAAACUGGUUAAACCUUUUACAUGGAUUGUACCAGGUUAUAUAAUUGGUGGAGAAAAGAGAAAAGCAGAAAAAGCUCGAUUACGUAAGGGAUGUAAUAUAUUAAUAACUACUCCUGGUAGAUUAUUAGAUCAUAUAAGGCACACAAAGGCAUUGAGAUUAAAUGAAGUUAAAUAUUUCGUAUUAGAUGAAGCUGAUAGAAUGCUUGAUAUGGGAUACGAAAAGGAUAUUUCUGAGAUAGUAAGUGCUUUGAAAAUAUCGAGCUCCGACUUAGGAUAUGACGCUAUGAACAUAUUAAAACAAAAUAUUAAAAAUAUUUCAACUGAUAAAGAAGAUGAUAUAAAAUCCGACUUAGGAUAUGACGCUAUGAAAAUAUUAAAACAAAAUAUUAAAAAUAUUUCAACUGAUAAAGAAGAUGAUAUAAAAUCUUUUAAUAAAAUGGAAGAAAGUCACACUGAUAGUGAUAAAGUGAAACGUAUGUAUUUUUCAAGUGAUGACAGUGAUAAUGAAAAUCAAGUUACGGAAGAAACAGAAGUUUCAUUGAAGAAAAGAAAAAAAGAUACAGAAUAUUUAAAUACAAAAGAAGAGUCUGAUUCGAAAGCGGAAAAUAUUCAAAAAGUUGAGCGAGAUUGUAAUCAACCAAGAAGACAGACAAUUUUAUUGUCCGCGACUUUGACGCAAGCUGUUGAAAAAUUGGCGGGUCUCACGAUGCAGAAUCCGAUUUUCGUCGACGCGGCUAAAGAGAAUUUAGUAACGAGCGGGGGAGAUACCAGCGAGAUCAAUGAAGAUCUGAUAGUUCCACAAAGCGUAAUUCAGAGUUACAUAGUCACUCCACCUAAAUUAAGAAUGGUCACUUUGAGCGCUUACAUCGUCAGUAGAUGUCAGACUCCUGGGCAACAUAAAAUAGUAAUCUUUAUGGCCACCCAAGAUAUGGUGGACUAUCAUACCGAAAUUUUGUCUUCUGUCCUUACGAAACCAGUAGAUGACGAUGACGAAGACUCUGAUCCGCUGGUUGAUGUAGAAUUCUUUAAACUACACGGUAAUAUGACGCAGAAGGAAAGGACGGAGGUCUUCAAAACUUUCAGUCAAACGAAGAGUGGCGUACUACUGUGCACGGAUGUCGCAGCACGAGGAUUAGAUAUGCCGAAGGUAGAUUGCGUCGUUCAGUAUACGGGGCCAAUUUCGGCUAGGGAUUAUGUUCAUCGAAUCGGUAGAACAGCGCGCGCAGGAUCUUCCGGCGCGGCGACAAUCUUUCUGACGCCCUCGGAAAUCGAGUUUGUGCGGAUGCUUGAGUCAAGGCGCAUUAGAAUCAAGCAGCAAGAUAUGAACGAUGUCUUGGACAAACUGCUGGGACCUCUUUCCAAGCACAACUCCGUACAAGCGACGGCUGUCGCUCUCCAAAACGAUUUUGAAACUUUAGUUAUGGAGGAUAAGAAACUUGGCGCGAAAGCAUGUAAAGCGUACACCUCAUGGAUCCGUUUUUACUCAAGUUAUCCACGUGACAUGCGUGAGAUAUUCAAUCGAAAAGAGCUUCAUUUGGGUCAUUAUGCCAAGAGUUUCGCAUUGAGGGAUCCGCCGCAACGAAUCGGCGGAAUCAACAAGAACCUACGCGAGAAAGAAAGUUCGAAACCUAAACACGACAACCGCUUACACAAGCCAUCCGAUGGGGUGCCGCAAAAGGAGCGGAGAAAACAGAACGGUGACGGGCAAAGAACGGGGUUGUUGAAGAAAGCGAGGAUGCUUAACACCUCCGAGUACGACAGCGGUCUCGGACCCCUGAAGAAGCCAAAGAAGUAAUUCCCUGCGUUUCUCUUGUCUCGACAUUGUAACGUAAACACAAUAUUUGCACGUGUUUGCGAUCGAUUGUAAAUAAGCAUGUAUCUAAUGUUGACACGUUAAUGACAUGUAUUAAAUGUUUUGUGAAACAUCGAUUAAACAUUUUAAAGCAAUUA